AUGAAUGAAAACGAGGAACCACAAACUCAAGUAACUGAUGAAAAGUUCAAAGAUGGAAUACUUCAUAGAUUAAACGAGCUUAGAAAGGCGAACAUCAGGUGUGACACUACCCUUCGAGUAGAAGGACAAAUGUUCCCUGCUCACAGCCAUGUGUUAUAUGCUUCUUCUGAUUACUUCAGAGCUCUGUUUUCCAGCGAGUUGCAAGUGAAAGAAAAACAGGAAAAUGUAGUGGAGCUUAAAGUGCUUAAGUCAACCAUAAUGGAGGAGGUUUUGGAAUUUAUUUACACCGGUCAAGCAAGCAUUAGUUACUCAAGUGCUCACGAACUGCUUGUGGCAUCUGACUACCUUAUAAUUCCCAGUUUAAAAUCACAAACCUCACAGUUCUUGGAGAAGUCUAUGAAUGUAUCAAAUUGUUUUACAUUGGAGUCCUUCGCUUGCCAGUUCAACUGUGAUUCGCUUAGACAAACAGCUAUUAAAUUCAUGAAUGAAAAUUUUGUUGCUAUUGUGAAAUCAGAAGAUUUCCUAAUACUUGAGUUCAACAAAGUCAAAGAAUUGAUAUGUCGAGAUGAGCUGAAUAUCUCUGAAGAAGAAGAGGUUUAUGAGGCAGUGUUAACAUGGGUCAAACAUGAUUUGUCAUCAAGAGAAUGUUUUCUCGCAGAUCUACUGAAAUGUUUGAGAGUAUUCUCCUUGUCAAAAUAUAGUAUUGACAGAAUUCUUAAAAAAGAAGAGUUGGUAAAGAAGAGUCUCACUUGCAUUGCUAUCAUGAAUACUGGCCUGGAAUAUUUUCUGUAUCCUGAUCGGUUUCUAGGGAGUGUGCUUAAACACCGCAAUUCAAUUGAGAAAGAUGAACACGUGGUACUUCUCCACGAUGGAGUCGAAAUUAAUGCUGAUGCAAUUUCUAGGGACGUCUAUUGUUAUGUCCUUUCUACUAAGAAGUGGCAGCAGUUAUGCUCAAUCCCUCCCUUUAUUGAUGAUGAUUGUGCUGACCUGGUCUCUGCAGUUUGUUUUGGAUGUGUAUAUAUGUUAACUGGUGUCCUCAAAAUAUGCUGUUUUAAUCCUCAAAAAAAUUCAUGGAAGUCAAAGGGAACAGAGUGCUUCUCUCAAGAAUUGGCAGAAUUUACAGUGACGUCGUUCAAUGAGGAACUUUAUGUCAUUGGUGGACAUGAUGAAUAUUUGAAUGCAGUACGUACUGUUCUUAAGUACAAUCCAGUUUGUAAUGAAUGGAAGAAGUUAGCAUCAAUGGAGACUGGACGCCGCAGUCACUGUGCUGUUGUUCUAGAAGAUCUUAUUUAUGUGAUUGGAGGUGUUGCUGGGGGGACCUGUCUCAAGAGUGUGGAGAGCUUUGAUCCAUCAACUAACCAGUGGAAAAAGGUUCCUGAUCUGGCCAAUGCCCGUAGGGAUCCAGCAGCUGCAACUGUUUGUGGAAAAAUUAUUGUCGUUGGAGGAUUUCGUAACAUAAGGCUUUCUACAUCAUCAGUAGUAGAACCAACAUGUGAGGUGUUUGAUCCAUUUCUCAAUCAGUGGAGCUCGUUAUCAAGCCCAAAUGUUCCACGAGCAGCCUGUGGAAUUGUGAAUGUGGGUGACACUGUGUAUGUGUUUGGUGGAUACGGUGAAGGUAGCGCUCUGGACAGUGUGGAACAUUAUGAUGCAAAAUGCAAUGAAUGGCAAAAAGUAGAUGCUAAAAUGCCUGAAGCUAAAGGAUUCAUUCGAGCAUCUUUGGUGAAAUUGCCCAAGGAGUUUAUCUGCAAUGAUUAA